GGUGUGUGUGCUGCUGACUGCGGGCGCAGCGCCAUCAUGCCGUUGGAGCGCUAGACACGCCGUUUUAAAGGGCUAGCCUCACUGUGCUGUGCCGUUCUCUCUCUCUCCCUCCCUGCCUGCUGUGUGCUGCUGAUUCAUCACGAUUAGGUGGUUAGCCAGCCUGCCUGCCAGCCAUAGGCUACAUGCACAAGCCAUGCCAACCAGACUGAGUGGGGGCUUUCAUAGCUAAAGUAGACAAAGAAAGGGCUUGCUUGUCAAACGUAGGCUAGGCUAUAGCAUCGCACUACAGUGCAGAGAGAACAACAUGUGUGGCGGUUGGGAAUAUUUUUGAUAACUUCAUUGCGAGAUAGAUUGAUCAUAUCGAGAGUUACGGGGGGACUGGGAAUCCCCCCCUGGUUUUCAGAAAUCAGACAUCGUUAAUCGGUUUACAUAGAGUAGCCUAGCUAGAUAAGGAAGAGGAAGAUAUAUCGUGUAUUCGGGAUGUGUAGCCGAGUUGGAACUGUCUAGAAAACGUGAUUAUAGGUUAGGUGGCUGGAGAUAUUCACAGCAGAAGAACUGUCCGAGUAUUCGAGUGCUGAAACGGAAGCAAGCGGAGCGGAGCGGAAAACGGGCCGCACUGGAUAGGGACGCAACAACCGCGAGCGCGGUCAGCGUGUGUCUGUCUGUUGCUAUUUCAGAGGAAGGAGAUAUGGAGGGUCGAGAGAAGGGAUUAAAAAACGAGUGGAGCUCUGAGGUGUGUUCAGAGGGGACAGGUGUGUUCAGAGGGGGCAGGUGUGUUCAGAGGGGGCAGGUGUGUUCAGAGGGGGCUGGUUCUCGUGGCAUGUCGACCACUAAUAAGGCAAACAAGGCCUUGAAGGUGAAGAGGGAGCCGGGGGAGAAUGGGACCACCCUGACAGAUGAUGAGCUGGUGACUAUGUCCGUCCGGGAGCUCAACCAGCACCUCCGCGGCCUCACCAAGGAUGAGAUCCUGCAGCUUAAACAGCGCCGGCGCACCCUGAAGAACCGUGGCUACGCCGCCAGCUGCCGGGUCAAACGGGUCACCCAGAAGGAGGAGCUGGAGAAGCAGAAGUCACAGCUUCAACAGGAAGUGGAUAAGUUGGCGUCGGAGAACGCCAGCAUGAGGGCGGAGCUCGAUCACCUGAGGUCGAAGUACGAGGCGCUACAGAGUUUUGCAAGGACUGUGGCGAGGAGCCCGGGAGUGGGGUUAGGGGUCGGGGAUCAGAGGGGAGGUGGUGGGGUCGGGUCGGUGAUCGGGCCACUCAUACCGGGGAAAGUGGCGGCGACGAGUGUCAUCACGAUAGUGAAGUCGAAAACGGACGUGAGGUCUUAGUAGCGGGCUGGGUCAAGGAGGGAUGAGAGGGAAAAGGGAGGGAAGGUAGAGGAGGAGAAGAAGAUAAUUAGGACUAUUUAAAAAUGAAACCAUUGGUCAGUGCAUCGUCAUUGAGCACAGGACAGAAUUUAAUCAGGUGAGGUGGCCCCCCUUUGAGAAAAUAUCACACCGUGGAUAGUAAUUACUGUGUUUCUACUGUUAUUUUGUAACUGUUGUACACGAGGUCCAAAGUUGUAAUUUUUAUGUAAUGUAGUUAUGCGUGUGUUGUGUCAUGGAAUACUGUGAGCUUCAUCCGUGGCCGACUUUCCUUUUGGUAUCAUUCUAUUUGGCUGUGAUUUCUCUGAAAACAACUCUUUUUUACCCAACGGGCUUCCGUACUCACAGGCACUUCCUUGUUUUGCAGAAACAGCUUGCAGAGCAGUCAAUUGAUUUAAUAUUUUAUCGUAAAAAUGACAGAGAAUUGUAUUUUGUAACCGCUCAUUGCACAAGAGAGACAAGAUACUUUCAGAAAAGUGAGGGUCUUCAGGAAGAGCUUGUUUUGGUUAUUUUACUUUUUUUUUUGGUACUUUUCACCCUUUUUUCUCCCCAAUUGGAAGGUACAGUCUUGUCCCAUCGCUGAAACUCCCGUACGGACUUGGGAGAGGCGAAGGUCGAGAGCCAUGCAUCCUCCGAAACAUGACCCUGCCAAGAACCAGAAGCCAGCCGCACCAAUGUGUCGGAGGAAACACAGUACAACUGCCGACCGAAGUCAGCCUGCAUGCGCCCGGCCCACCACAAGGAGUCGCUAGAGCACGAUGGGCCACCUGUGCGCCCUUGGUCUGUAAUGACGCCAUUCGGGAGGCCUAAAGAGGUUGUGUUUUGUCACAGGUACCUGUGUGUUCACCUGUGCUUAAUGUUAUGCACUGACCAAUUAUCACCAUAUGACCAAUCUCCAUACAGGCCAGAGGGGUCUAGGCAUCUAAUCGCCAAGUGUUGUCCUGUUCCUGUCUGUCUGGGAGUUGUGUACUAUACUGUAGAAUUAGCUAUCGGGAUUACAUUGAGUGACACGUGUUUAUGUGACUAGGCAAUUACUCCAAUUCAAAAACUAACUGAAAAAUCAACAUUUUAGUCAAAAAUGUAUAGAUUUGAAACAUUUGAAUGUUUUUCUAAUUUAUUGUUAGAUUUGAUUUUGUUUCGUUUUUUUGAGAAUGGCAAUAACAUACUAAUACCUAUGAGGUAUUUUGUUGACAUGGCCAAUAUUUCAACUGUCAAAAUAAUUAUUUAAAAAUCAUUUUUAUUUUCAGUUUUUAAAACAGUGGACUGUUCGAUCUGUUAGUUGGGUGUAAUUCUCACAAGUUUUACCAUAAAGUUAUCAGUGUGAGUGAUGUUACGUAUUCUUCAAAGGAUUCUUUGUCUACAUAUGGUCACAUCUUGAAUUUUAUAAAUGCCAUAGAGUAUCUUUACAUUAUUUAUAAAAUACCUUUAAAAAAUAAUCAAGGUAAAAAUUGUUUGAUAUUUCCUCUUUUUUGCAAUUGUACCAAAAGUGGCUUAACUAUUGAAGUUGAUAGCUUUGUCUUUCUAGUGUCUAGGCGCGUGUGGUUGUUAUGGUGACCGUGAGACUAGCGCGUGGUGGUGUGACGUUGUCAUGUACAGUACGUGACGAGGUAAUGAUCAAUAUUAUUGUUCACUGUGUUGUUGUUAUGGAUACGUGAUGCUGUUUUAAUUUAAAGCGAGGUGAUGUAGUCGAAGGUACCUAUGCUCUGCCCAUAUCCCUAUGUAACAGUGGUGGUUGUAUUAAUUGAUGUCUAUUAAUACUUAAUACACAUGUUAGUAAUGUGUUAUAAACAUGCAUUACAUAAAUGACAAAGUCUCUCUGAAUAGGAACUGUUUAUUUAGCAACUCAAUAAAACGUCUAAAUGUAUAAAAGCCUGAAUAUUCCAAAUGAGUUCGACAAACUGGGAGAAUAAAGAGAUACAGCUUUAUCAAGAUACAGCUUUACCAAGAUACAGCGUUUCCUAGGAUACCCAAACUACUGCAAGGGUGUAACGACUGGGAUAUGGGCCUACGAUUACAUCACCCGUGCUCUUUGAAUAAGUUUGUUUUUUGUGACGUGAUUUAUAUAAUUAUUUUGAUUUGCUCUGUAUAUAAUUGAUAUGUUAUGGAUGUGUUUAAUGCAGACUGCAUUGCCGAUGUUUUCGUUUGUUUGUUUAUCCUAUUCUGUAAAUGCCAGGGAAGUAACACUGUUGUCUGCUAUCUGUUUAUGUUGGGUCAUAGAGAUCAUUCAAGAAUUAUACAAUGCAAGUUCCCCCGUACCGAGAUGGUCCAUUCCCAUUCUACUGGUCAGUAUAAUUCACAGUAGCUAAAUGGGGAGGAAAGGGGGGUGUUAAAAGUACAGAAAUGGUUAAAGCCACAGGAAUGGUUGCACUGAUGGUUUGAUCAACCGAGAAAGUACAGAGUGCUGCAAAUCUCCACUGAAAAGGUUUGAUAAGAAAGAACCCUUUCCUUAUCUCUUUAACGUUGAAACUCACACAUCUGGCAUUUAGGUGUAUGUACUGUAUGUAGAGAUUAAAAUGUAAAAAUAUCUAUUUUAAAUGGGCAAAAAAAGAUAUAUUGUUUGACUGGUGAUCUGUGAAAUUGUUUUGAUGGAGUUCUUGGUCCUCGUAAUCUCUUCCCUCCCAUUUGCUUUCCUAACUUCUGAUUUUGUUCUACUUUUGACUGUGGCAAGUCCUGUGGCGUUUCAACAUUCUGUGAGCAAUGUGUUAAGGGUUUUUGGAGAAACAUUUUAAUAUACUCAAAUUAGAUAAAGUAAAGUAAAAAGUGGCACCACCAAGUUAUAUUAGUUCAGUUUGUUUAGUUUUGAUUGUUUUGUUGAUUUGUUCCUCCUCUUGUUGUCGAGCACACAUGAAUGUUGUCGUGGUGACUGUUGUCAAGUGAACGUCUAUAUAUGCAAAAACUGGGUGGGGCUUGAGGAAGGAGGCGGAGCUACAACUGCUAGAGCUUGAUGAGUAGUGAUGUCGUGGUUGGUGGUCUAAAAGUUGUUGUCAGCUUAAUUAACUGCAGGUACAGUGUGACUGAGGUCAAUAUCUUUUAUACAAAGUGCUUAUCUAUAUAACCCCCCCUCCCCUCCCCAUAACACACCACAUGUUGGGUCAACUGGUGAGAAUAUGACUAUAUGACUCAGGGGUGUUUCUGUCUAUGCCUCCCAAAUGACACCCUAUUCCCUUCAUAGUGCACUACCAGGGCCCUGGUCAAAAGUAGUGCACUAUAAAGGGAAUUAGGUGUAAUUUGGGACACAGUCUGUGUGUGUCUCCAAAGUAUACAAUGAUCAGUGAAAAGCUAUGAAAACAAGUAGUAGAGUUUGUGACUAUGGGAAUUAUUAGUAACAAAUGACCUGGAAAUGUAAAAAAUGUGUGUUUUGUAAAAUGUUCUCUAUGGGGUGUAAUACAUUAUUAUAUCGCAGUGUCACAGUACUUUGUAAGGGGAAACACCCUAAUGUGACAGUGAGUCCAUUUAAUUGUAAGUAUUUAUUCAUUGAUAACUAAAUUAUUGUACUUUUUUGCUAUUUGUAGAUAAGUAAUGCUGAUGUAUUGGUAACCAUGGGAAUUAACUGUUUGGUAACCAUGGGAAUGGACUGUUUUGUCAUCGACCCUUUAAUUUAUUGAUGUACAUACUGUAUUGUUUGUUGAUAAACAGUUGACUUUAUUUUGUAUCUGACCAAUAAACACAAUUUGAAGAGGACAAA